CUCUUCGCCGCAUCCGGGUUUUUUCCCCUCUCACCAUCUCCUUCAGAAUGUUCCUCAUCUCCUGAUUCUACUUGUUAGGAGAUUAUUAUAAAGAAGAAGUAGAAUAUUUGACUAUAUUUCUAUAUUGUGGUCCCUGCGCCUCCCGGCAUCUUCCUAACCCGCCACCCACUUGUUCUCGCCACAGUGUGACUUUCUUUUCCCCUUCCCAAUUUUUGCCCCCCCAAUCUCUUUUAGUCAACUAAAACAGAUUUUGAAAAGAGUCAUAGCCUCAUCCUCUCCCCCGACUCGCCUCCCUCUCUGCCUAGCCGCUUCAACGACUGCCUUGUACAGACAGCCACCAGCGUGGUUCUGCCUGUCCACGGUCCGUUGGGUGCCUUGAUUUAACCCUUUUCCUAUCACACGACUCAUUUCAAAAUGUACCUUAUUGAUUCAUCCGUUCCGAUCGCCUGUGUUGCUGUUACCGACCUCCGCAUCGUCACCGUCUCUGGCUCCAUCUAAUACACUCGGAGAAAAAAGAGUCAUCCUACCACGUGCCCCUGCUUUGGUUCUUAUAUCAGAAGCACUUGGUUGAUCGGAUCGUGAAUACGUUUUCCUUUUCUUGUCUUUAUAUUUGAUUGUUUCCCCUUUGGCCUCUUUUUAACCGCUACACCCGGCGGUUCCGCUUAUUUUUCUACGUCUGGUUAUAAACCUGGCUCUCUACAUUUAAAGGUCUGCCGUCGCCUUUGUCGCAAAGACGGCUUCUGUCUCCUCGGCUCUCGUUCCCGGUUCCCUGCUUAACGGUAUCUUGACACUACGGUUCCAAAAAAUCGGACCAUCUCGCUUUUAUCCGGCUGUCUUCAUUUGAACUUUGUUCACACAAACGCCCUAUAUGAACUCCACACUUCCGGAUAUGUCAGGGAUGGACGUCUUGGGGAUGACCCUCUCAAACCCAAGUUCUCAAUUGACAGCGUCUCACCACGCUCACCCCUAUGAAUCCUCGAUCUCCUCCUCCGCCUCCUCCUCUUCCUCAUCUGUAUUCUCCCUCGAUGGCGUCUCCUCGCAGAGUUCGAUAUCAUCGACAUCGACCAACCCGGUUGACGUGAUUUGGGAGAAUGAGAGUAAUAGCCAGUUGGCGGGAAGAAAUCCGAACGGAGCAUGCCCCCGGGCUUUUGCCAAGGGACCUGCUUCUAAGGUGGACGGUGUAGUGCCAUCCGAGCUGCGAACGCACCCUCGGCGCACUAACAGUUAUUCUUCUAGCGCUCCCAGUGCGCGACCUCCGCCAUGUCUGCUACGGCAGUCGGAACGGAAGGUGAAUUUCGUCGACAACCUCGUCGACACCGCAUCACAGAUCGUUGAAACCAUCUGGCCCCUUUCCGCCGCGGCAUCCCGCAGUGAUGCCGCGACCGGAUCCAAAGGGGUUCUUCCUCUCCGCACUUUUAUCCAGGAGACUCUCCGCCGCUCGCGUACUAGCUACAGUACCUUGCAGGUGGCCUUGUAUUAUUUGAUUAAAAUCAAGCCCCACGUACCCACGCAUGACUUCACCAAGGAGCAGCCUCGGGAUCAGUCGCCUUUGCGGGCGAUGCAGUGUGGACGCCGGAUGUUCCUGGCAGCGCUGAUUCUCGCUUCAAAGUAUCUGCAGGAUCGCAACUACUCCGCUCGUGCGUGGAGCAAGAUUUCUGGCCUUAAUACUCUCGAGAUUAACCAGAAUGAGCUUAUGUUCCUCAAGGCUGUCGGAUGGCGCCUGCACAUCGAUGAAGCAACGUUUCAGCGUUGGACUGAUCUGGUCUUGAAGCUGACCCCUGGUGCCGGUGGACCCCCGGUUACUAAAAGCCAGUGCUGGCAGACUGUUCUACCCAGACUCACCCCUGAACUGGACUUUGUAGAGUCAGAGCCCAUGACCCCAGUCUCGGCGAUGGGUGGGAUGGAUCUCGGUCGGUCAGAAUACCUCUCGCCUCGUAGUCUGCCAAUCAAUGAGUCGGUGCGCUCCUUGCCGUGCGAACAAACUCCGACUUACGCUCGGUGUCUUCCACGAACCCUGGAGCCAACUCCGCGCAUGGAUUAUAACAACUUGGCUUUGCCUAGUAUUCCACGACCUAUGAUGCUUCCCACGCCACAGAUGACCCCCCAAUCUCAAGUGUCCUCCACUCCUGCUGCGAGUAUGGCUGCUUACAACCCCCGCCGCCCAUCCAUCUGUACGGCUAUGUCUCAGGCGCAGAAUGCGUGCAUGGCGCGAUCAACACUCGAUCAGCGCCCGCCCCUGUCAUUCUGCCCUCGGACUCAGUCGUACGAUGGUUUCCAAGCUGCGGCUCGUCGGUCAUCUUUGGCUCGGUCAACCUCCUCGGCAUCGUCGCCUGACUCGAUGGUUUCGGACGUCUCUACCUUGUCGUCCCGCUCUUCGCGGUCGUCAUCAGUCUCGUCCAACGCCUCGGGUGCUUCGGGCUCUGCGCCAGCUCGCCUGGCUGUUAAGGCUACAUUGCGUUGCACCAGCAAUUCCCUUAAGGAGUCCCGUAAGACUCUGGCCAUUGCCUCUCCGAUUGACGAGAGUCUGGUCGGUGUCUACAGCUCUCCUGAAUAUCCCAGCUCUAUGGGUUCUUCGGUCCCAGACCUGUCUAAUUUUUCCCUGGAUUCCAGCCUGAGCGAAGCUGCUCAGAGUCUCUGCGAACUUUCCGGCGCGACGCCCGAACUGCGCCAGUGCCGAAAACGUGGACGUACUGGAUCCGACGAUCUCUUGCUCCAAAACCAUGUGCGCCAUCUGAUCAACCUUGGGGCCUCUGGAGACCAAUCCGUGUUACCUGAUGGACAGUUCCCACGCUCGUUCAUGACACAACAUGGGUCCUCCAUUCCCCCCAUGCGGACUGGCCCAGUCUCUGGACCAGCGGGCAUGAAACGUGCCUGCUGUGGCAGCGAAGCACGCAAGAUCGCGUUGAACCCGAGUCUCCGUGUUGCGGAGUACUUGAAUUGACUUGCGAUUUAUUAGCGGAUUUUCCUUAUUUUCUUAUUUCCUUUGUGCGAGGCAAAAAAAGAAAAAGUCCGUCGUUUUCUUUGUUUUUUACCCUACGGUGAACCGACCCCGUUGUACAUACCCCUAUUCUCGGGUACUCGGCCUUACGUACGGGACUUGGGCGUUUAUUCCCGAAGUGUACGAUGUGGUGAUGACUGGCGUGUCUUCUACUUGCAUCGUGCAUCUGUUCUCUCACUUUUUUCCCUUUCUUUUAUCUACUUUUGUGGUUGCGAACGGAGUGUGGUCGGCAUGGGACGGUUAUGGUCUUUAUUUACUCUGGUUACUUUGGGGGGGGAAAGCGGGCGUCUGCCCUGAUUAUACCUGUAUCAACUCAUCCAUCUAGGGGAUGGUAUACGUGCCAUCCCCGAGGGUUUCUCGCCCUCGGAUAGGAUAGUCAAUCCAAAUACAGCUCAACAGCGAUA